AUGCGUGUUUUCGUCACUGGAGCAUCUGGUUGGGUAGCUCAUCAUUUAAUCCCCAACCUUUUAACCCACGGUCAUACCGUCCUAGCCCUUUCUCGUUCUCCAUCAAGUGACAACAAAAUACUUUCCCUCUUACCAACUUCCAUACCAUCUUCAUCCCUCGAAAUCAUACGUGGAUCCUUAACCGACCUAAACGUCUUAUCCACCGCCGCUUCAACUGUCGACGCCAUAGCACAUUUAGGUUUCAAUCAUGAUUUUUCCAAUUGGAUGGAAUCGAUUCGACAAGAUGUACAAGCUAUCAAAACAAUGUCAUCUUCUCUCUCAUCUGGAAAAUCUAUAAUCAUCGCCGGUGGAUUAAUACAAGGAAACGAAAUGCGUGGUGAAGCUGAAAAUUUCGUUUUCAGUUUAAAAGAAGAAAAAGGUAUAAAUGGUAUGGUAAUGAGAUUACCAAGUUCUGUUCAUGGUAAAGGUGAUUAUGCCUUCGUUCCUUAUAUCAUUACGAAAUCCAAAGAAUUAGGUUUUGUCCCUUUUGUUCAAGGUGCCGCUUGGGCAGGAGUACAUGUUAAAGAUGCUGCGGAAUUGUAUAGGAUAGCUUUGGAAAAUCCUAAACAUGGUAUUUUACACGCUGUUGGUGAUGGUGAUGAAAAUAUUUCGACGGAGAAAAUCGCGGAAACUAUAGCGAAAGGAUUAGGAUUAGAAACUAAGGAUGUUAGUAGGGAAGAAGCUCAAGAAUUGUUAGGUUUUAUAGGAAGGGUUUAUGGUGCUAAUAUCUUCGCUACGGCUAAAGAAACAAAGGAAAAGUUUGGUUGGCAACCGAAGGAAAUUGGUUUGUUGGAGGAUAUCAAACAAAAUUAUCUUCAUGAUGGUGUGGAAACUAAGAUGUUGGUUUGA